AUGAAGCCAUCCAUGGGGGCCAUCAACUCAACUUUACACGAAAGGCAUCCUUUAACGGGAUAUCUUAUUACAUUGGUUAUUUUCAAAUUGGUUUGUUUUCUACUUGGAGUAUCGGGGAAUUUAUUAGUGAUAAUACACAACGUUUUGCGCUACGAAAAAAAUCCUGCGACCUAUCUCUCUGUGAACCUUGCAAUUUGUGAUCUGCUCACCUGCCUCACAAUUUAUCCAACACGAGUUGCAAAAGCGAUGGAUAUGCUAAUAGGCUCAAUAAACGAACAAAACGAAGCGUUCCUCUGCAAAGUGAACUACUUUAGUGGAUGUUUCUCAAUAUCUCUCUCAGUUCUUGCUUUACUUGCUGUGAAUUAUGAUCGAUAUUUGUUGAUAAGAAGACCAUUGAAGUACCCAAUGCUUGUGACAAAAUGCAAAGUAUAUGGAAUUAUUGCCGCCACUUGGCUGGCAUCAUUGAUUUAUUUACUAUUGUCUGUGACAUACGUUGAAACCUCAAGAAGACACAAUAACACCAGUGGCUGUUCUCCUCGAAGGGAAGCUCUAUCAAUUCUUUUAAUUUUGUACAUUUAUGUUCCCAUUAUUCUUAUCCUUUUGUUUAAUUUGAAAACAUGGCGAAUCGUGCAAGCACAAAGGCGCUCAAUUGCUCGAAAUUCGGUGAGGGAUUCGAGCGCCCAAAAUGUUCAUAUUACCACAAGAAUCGCAAAGGAAUUGAAAGCCGUGAAAACCUUGGCAAUGAUAAUGGGAGUGUUAGUCUUUUGUUUCACUCCUUUUGCAACAAUGGUCAUUUUUGGUAUACUACACUUCGACCCAGGUCUUCCGCCUUCAUUAUACGAUUUAUUCGCAGAUUUAGUUGGGGUAAAUUCUGUUUGUAAUCCGUUAAUAUACAGUAUACGGCACAAGGAAUAUAGACAAGCCAUUCGUAAGUGCUUUUCUGCAGUAUGUGGCUAAGGCUCGUGUUAAAUUUUAGGCAGUUUUAAUUAUUGCUUGCAGUUGUACCGUCGGUUAAGUUAUUGAUAAUAUGAAUUGUAACGUGAGCGUGUGUGAAUAAAUACUGAUUAACAUAAUUUGCUUCUAGAUUCAUUAGAGCGGAUUUCUAAUUAUUUUUAUAUUAAGAAACCUUUGAAACCUGGGUAGCUUUAUCAGUUCCAAACUGUUCUCCCUAUAGGUCCAGGGGAGACCAAAUUAUCUGGAGGAAACGUGUGGUGUGUAGUAGAGUCAAACUGGAAGCACUCUUCUCACAUGUGACUGAGGUGGAAUUAUAAUCAAACAACUGCAUAUUAUAGGAAUCAAACCUCAGUCUAGCCCGCUUGCAGGCCCACCGCAAAAAACGCUGUUUUCUUCAGUGCAAGAACAGAGUCAACAUCAACCAAAAGAUAAUUUUCUUGAGGAACAUAUAACGUAUCAAGUCCGUUUGAAAUGCAUGAAACUCAAGUCAAGGUUACUAUAGUUUACCCCAGUGGUACAGUGUUGCUAUUCCAACACUUCACGACAAGCAAUCCCCGUUGGCAUAACGGCAAAAACAUCUCUUUCGAGAGCCUGUGUGAUGAAUCACUGAUCUAAUUAUAGAAUCCAACAGCAAACAGCCAAUCAGAAUGCUACGUUCGUGUACGAACACGACAAAUACAAAAUACCCAGUCCUGCCUGCACGCGGGCCAACUUUAGUCAGAGCAGAGGUCGUGGAUCUCUAAUCUCUAAAUAACUCCUGUGGCGCAAGUCCAAUUCUUAUCUUGAAACUUGAGCCGAGGUUACCGUGCGUGAUAUUAUGAAUAGACGCAUGUAGCCAAAACAGUCAAACCAUUUUUGCGUUUUAAAAACUGAAAAUGAAAGAAAUGAUGAAAGCUUUGAUUAUUCUGUCAGCUGUGAUUAACCUGGCACUAUGUUUUUGUGGUAAGUUACUAAGUUUUAGUAAAUUUAGAGCAGGUUUUUGCUGCAUGCUAAAUUUUGCAAUUUAUCAAAAUGUUGGAAAUGUAAUACAAUAGUAUCACAUUAUCAUUUAUAAUGUAGCUCACAAAUGAACGUAGCUCACGGCCGGAUCAUUCCUAGGCUAUAGAUACUUCUAUAUUGAUGUCUUUGAACUGAAAUAUGAUUUCUUAUAUAUAGACAAAGGAUUUUGGUAGCAUUAGUUUUGCCCGUCUGCGAAAUACUAGAACAUUAAUAAUGUGUUAUUCAUUAAUUGCCAGCUUGAAAGUUUAAGGUCAUGGUCAUAGGCGUACGGGAGGGGAAAAGUAGGGGGGGGGGGAAAGAAAUUUACCUGACUUUUUCCCAUUGUGUGUGUAAACUUUCCAAAAUCGUCUAUUGCAUUCUCGACUAUUAUAUUGCCAUAUUUCUUCUUUUUAAAUUUAUUUCCCCAUCUUUUUGACCAACUUAAGGCCAUAUAAAAAAAAAUAGUUGGUUAGCGUCCUUAGCUUUUGCCAAAAAGUGGGCGGGCGGGCGCUUUUUUUUAAAUUUUUACUAAUUUUUAACGCCUUGGUUUUACUCACUGUUAGGUCCGAAACUGGAUUUUCUUGCGCAGUACAGAUAUUUUUUUAUAUAUUUCAAAAUAUAAUUCAUACCGUCACAAUUGACUACAGUCAACAGAAAUACUACAUAUAUUAGAGCCCGUUGAUCAAUAAAAGUCGUGUUUUUUUAAAUAAAAAAUUAAAAAAAAUCCUGAGCGGGGCCUUUUUUGUGGGCGGGCGGGACGCUAACCAACUAUUUUUUUUAUGUGGCCUAAGGUCCGGACGCGAUUUUUAGUUUUUGAAAGUUAAUAAAACAGCCAAUGAGAGCAAAUUUGAAAAGAUAUGUAGAUCAAAUAACUCAAAAUGUUACAGCGCUUCAAAAUAUUUGGAAAAUUUAAACUAGGAUCAAACUUAUCGGUCAGUGAAAAUAAAAAAAUCGCGUCGCGUUGUCGAAUCGCGUCCGGUGUGUCUGGACCUUUACGUUUAUAAUUUGCCCAACUUCAUUUUGACUCCCCCCCCGGUACGCCUAUGGUCACGGUCAACAUAUCAUAUCAAUAUCACUACAACAUUGAUAAUCAAUCAACUGUAUCGAUCAUCAUCAUCACCACUUUUGAUUAUCAUAUGAACACGGCCGUAAAAUCUCACGUAAAAUGAUCAACCUUCCCGAAAACGUUUCCAUCCAAUUCUCCAAUUCUUUUUUAACCAGAGAUUUCAACUUGUUUUUCCAAAAGGUAACCAAACGUUACACGGUAACCUAGCCGAAUCAGCUGUGCAAGUUUCUAAUUGGUUGAGAGAGCAUCACGGUCAUGACGUCACACGUCUGGAACCUCACAUGACUAGCGCGAUGAUAGUCGCCUCGCGAUUGGCUGGCCACUUGCCACACACCAUUGUGUCUGAUUACAAAACUAACGACUCAUACACGAUCGUAGAUUACCUUAAAUCUCAUUUAGAUAAGCACAAAAUGCAAGACAAAACCUUAUCAAAUUUAAGACCUGGACAUAUUGCGAAUAUAUUUCAAGCGGUUUCAGCACUAUGCUAUGACCCGCAAAAUUUUUAUGGACAUAACUUGACCAAGGCCCUUUUUGAAGGUUUUGAGUCCCAUUCAACUUUUAAGAACUACUUUGAAUAUAGUUCAGUAGCCUUAGCUGUUUGUCAAAGUUUGGGUGCAAAGAUUCAACCCAAUUUGGCUGGAAGUAUGUUGCUCGAGUUGAACAAAACUUGCAUUACACAAAAUUGUAAAAAAAGGCCAGAUACUGUAGCAAUGACACUCAUGGCUCUGUCUUGCUUGAGGCGGAAUAUAGCGGAGAACAAAUUGUUACAAGAUGUCGAUGAGACAAUCAAAAGAUAUUUGAAAAAUGUUGUCGAUGCGUUACGAAUGGGCAAAGAUGAGUUAUGGAAUGCCCAGUCAAAAGGUUUACUCGUACAGGUAGGAAAUGUUGUGGUGGUAGAUAUAAUGCAUGAUCGCUGUUUGUUGUUGUUGUUGGUGUUUUUGUUUUUCUCUUGUUGUUGUUGUUGUUGUUGUUGUUGUUGUUGUUGUUGUUGUUGUUGCUGCUGCUGCUGUAGUUGAGGUUAUUGUUGCUGCUCUUGUUGUUGUUGUUGCUGUUAUUGUUGUUGCUGCCGCUGUUGUUGCUGCUGUUAGUUGAGGUUGUUGUUGUUGUUGUUGUUGUUGUUGUUGCUGCUGCUCUUGUUGUUGUUGCUGCUGCUGUUGUUGUUGCUGUUGUUGUUGUUGUUAUUUUUGUUGCUGCCGCUGUUGUUGUCAUUGUUGCUGCCGCUGUUGUUGUUGUUGCUGUUGUUGUUAUUUUUGUUGCUGCCGCUGUUGUUGUCAUUGUUGCUGCCGCUGUUGUUGUUGUUGUUGCUGCUGCUGCUGUUGUUAUUUUUGUUGCUGCCGCUGUUGUUGCUGCUGCUGUAGUUGAGGUUGUUGUUGUUGCUGCUGCUGUUGUUGCUGCUGCUGCUGUUGUUGUUGUUGCUGCUGUUGUUGUUGUUGCUGUUUUUAUUGUUGCCGCUGUUGUUGUUGCUGCUGUUGCGGCUGUUGUUGCUGCUGCUGUUGUUAUUUGUGUUGUCGUUGUUACUUGUUAUUGUUUUUUGCUGUUGACGUUGUUUUUGUGUUUCGUACCAUUUAGGCGAUCAUGUCCCAACCAAAAGAACUGAGGCCAAGACACUGGCAUUGCCAUCGACUGUUGUCCGCUCUAUUGGACAAACACGAUCCGUUAAAAGCAUUUGGAAAUGUACUGGCUAACAUUCAAAUAUUACCAGCAUUGCUGGGACGAUCAUUGGUUCAUCUUAAAAUGUCAUGUCCUACACCAAGUAAGUCGAACUGCAAUUUUAAAACAAUGUAUAGCUGGGUUUCACUAUCAGGGUUCGUAGUCUCCAAGACCAAAAAAUUUCAAAGACUUUCAAAGAUUUUUUCUGCCUAUGGACGACUUACGCUUUAGACUAAAUUUUAAUCUAAGUAAGAACAACGAAAUCUUUCACCACAGCUAGAAAGAGCGUCUUGGAAUUAGUAAUAUUACAAAGUUUGGUUGCGAAAUGUUGUAAAAUACGGAAAAUAUAGCCCUUCAAAGUUGGCAAAUUUGUAUACUUUUGUAUUACGUGCGUGAAUUGGUAACUAAAUUAGUUACCAAUUUCCGCACGUAAUAGAAAUGUAUACAAAUUUGCCAACUUCGCAGGGCUAUAUUUUCCGUAUUUUACAACAUUUCGCAACCAAACUUUGCAGUUUUUCUAAUUUUGAUAACUUCUUUCCAAAAAAUCCUUUGUUAUUCCCAGAUUAAAAAUUUUUCUAAAGCGCAAGUCGUCCAUUGUCAAAGACUUUUCAAAGACCUUUGAGAGCAAUCAGGUGUCGAAAAAUUGCGAUGUAUAAGCACCAUUUUUACCAUGUAAUUAGUCCCGUCAAAUCACAUCCUAAAAUGCACUUUUUUUGUCGAUAUUUGCGAAAAUUUUGCUUCAAUCAAUCUAUUUUAUUAGCUAGGAAAUCGUAUAAUCAAAUAAUCACUAAAGAAUUUAAAGACUUUGAAACACUUUCUUCGCUUUUUCACACACUUCAAAGACUUUUCAAAGACCGUAAAGACCUGCAUUCAAAUUUAAAGACUUUCAAGGAUUUCAAAGACCGCUACGAACCCUGACUAUCGCGCAGCAGAUGGUGAUCAACCUGCAGUUAUCAGAGUGAGAAAAUAAUGUUAAUUCUUUUUCUGAAAAUUUAGAUUCUCAAGAAGUUAAAAGAAAUAAGGUUUGUGGAAAGAUACAUGCUUAAAUUUUCAAAUUAUAUAUGUGAUUGAAUUGGGUUGCAAUAGCAGGGUGUUAGACAGAAAAAAAGUUUUGUCCGUUAAACGUAAAUUGGGAAAGUUUUUUUGACCGAUCAAAGUCCUUGUGUAGGAAUAAGUAGGGUUUGUUCCCAACGUGUUUCUCCAUAGAUGCAAACAACGGUAGGUUGGUUUUGUACAUUUCAUUUCCGGUGAAUGAACACUGAAAAACACAGAUGCACACCGAUUACACUUUGUUUUGUAUAUUUAAUUUCAGUGAAUACACACUCAAUAUGAAUGAAACGCGAUACAUUUUGAGAAAAUAGUUAUUAAUGGGAAAAAAGUAAAUAAAACCGUUCUUUGAUAUAAUAAUAUAAAAUCAAACGCAAUGCACUUUCUCAUCAGAAAAAAUGAAAAUCUUCCAGUAGACCCAGUUGGGAAAGCCCCUUAGCUACUUUAAUUGGGAAACGAACAGUAUAUGGGCUAGCUAACACCAUGAAUAGCCACAAUUGUAAGCUAGGUGUAUCAAGUAUUUCAUUACUUUUCAGACAGUAUGUGUGAAGCUAGAAAUUCAAGACCCUACGAAGAAUCAAAAUACACCACAAAAAGUUGUUCUAGUGGUUCCAGAGAAGACAACAGCUUAUGAAAUUCUGAAACGAGCAGCCGAGGUCAACAAAGAGUAUACAUUUGAAGCUUUGCAGACAUCGUAUGGUCGAAUGAUUACAUCCAUAUCAGGCGUUGUACAAGAGCCGUUCACUGGACAUUACUGGUCAUUGUAUGAAAGUGAGAACGUGACUGCACGCGAUGGAGUGGAUAUAUUUAUACCGAAGAACGAUACUUGUAUUAUAUUCAAAUAUGAACAGUGUGUUUCGGUUGAGGAUAAACAGAUGGGAUUUUGA